CUCGCAUCGCUUCAUAUUUCGAUGAGUGGGAGUGCGCCGACAGAAGCGCAGCAGAUUCAGCAGCUACAGGCAGUGCAGGCGGUAGGCGCCAAACGUUGAUUGAACAAAGACAGACAGCUGAUCUUCACGUCCAUGUCUGUCGGAAGCAUGUGUCUGUCGUGUGGUGUGGGUGCGUGUGUGCAGAUUGUCGAGAGCCAGAAGACGAUAGCGAAGCUGACCGGCCACUGCUUCGAAAGAUGCGUCGGCACACCAGGUCAGUCACAGCCAUGAGUGCCUUGGUUAUCGUACUGUGGUGUUCCGUUGCGUUGUCCCCUCUCAUCCUUGACCUGUGUGCAGGCCGGCUCCUAUCUUCAGGACAGCAGACGUGCAUAUGGAACUGCGCACAGAGGUGCGAGUGGAUGAUGGCUUGUCUGCCUGCCUGCCUGUCUGCCUGUCUGUCUGUCUGUCCUCAUGUGCUCUGUUCAUACGCGUGUGUGUGUGUGUGUCAGGUACAUCGAGACGAAUCACUUCAUCAAGCUGCGGACGGCCGAGAUGAUCAAGGCCACGCAGGAGGGGGGCGGGGGAGUGCGAGGGGGGGCAGACGCGCUGUCCGGCACUUGAGGAGAUGACAUACAUGUCUGUCUGUAUGUCUGUCUGUCUGUCUGUAUGUCCCUCCCUGUUCUACCUAUGAGUACUUGUCGGCCUGGUAGGUAGAGUGUGCAUGCGCCGUGUGUUGUACAGCGAGCAAGUGAGCCUUCCUUCCCGUGCUGUCCAACCUGACUGACUGAGCCUGCCUGUUUCUGUCUGUCGCAUUCAUUGUGCGCGCCCUGCGUGUGGACUGGCUACCUGAGACGAUGCAUGUCGGCCAAUCCGCUUGUUAGACUGGAUAACGGACUUACUUGCAGCAUCACGUUCGUACAAACGUGCCAGAGUGGCGUCAGACAUCCAUAAGA